CCAGUUCACAGUUACCCUGCACACUGUACCUGCCCCUGCUACAUGCCCCAUGCCCUCCGUGCUCCCAGCACCGCGCUGAAAGGUCCCGGUUGUAUGUGGCGGAGCUUCUUCAGGCCGGGCUCACACACACAGAGACCGGGACCAGCGGCACAGAGCUCCGGUCCACGGGCUUUAGCUCCGCGGCUAAUGUUGUGAUCCGCCCGGUGCUGCAGCUGAAGGGCGCAGAGGGACACGGAGGCGCAAAUGGAUAAAAAUGCCAAAAAACUGCGGAACGAAGACAUAAACCCGUGCCUUGCGGAAACUGAUGCCUCCCGGAUGUGUAUGGAGUAUCACAACUACGAGAGGGACAGGUGUGGUGCGUAUUUUCAGAACUACAAAAACUGCAGAAAGUACUGGCACAACAUCAUGAUUCAGAGGCGGAGAGAAGGAGUCAAACCAGAGAUGCCUACAGCGGCUGAGAGGCAGGAGAUGCUGGCUGCACUGGGGAAGAAGCCCUACUGAACAUUUGGCUCUGGAGAGGCUGCUAUGCACAGCUCCUAUCCGUUAGUACUGUGGACAAUGACUAACAACAUCCACAUUGUUAUAUUGUAUUGUACUGUUUCUGUCACAGUAGCAUACAUAGGCCUUUUAAGGUACAUAUAUUCAAAUUUAAUUAUUUUGUUUCACUUUAAAUUAAAAUG